AUGUCGGCCUUCACCGGCGUCUCUAUCGCCGACGGCAACAGGCGGUGCUUCUGCGAGACGUCGGCCGUGGACGCCCGCGGGGACAGCGGCUACCACCUGCUCAUGGUCACCGGCUACACGCGCACCAAGGAGCUGAUGUCCACCGGCGAGAGCAUCACCGCCGGUCCUUUCAAUGUAGGAGGCCACGAUUGGAUGAUUGAGUACUACCCCAAUGGCGAAAACCCGAGCUGUGCCGGCUUCAUCUCGCUCUUUCUAACCUUUCACUACGACGCCGAUACCGAUGAGGGAGAGCCUGUGGAGGUCAGGUUCAGUUUCAGCCUUGUCGACCAGGUUGAGAAGCAGAUGCCGAUGUACAUUCGUGGAACCGGUGAGACUCGCGACUUCUCCACCGCUACUUCAAUCUGGGGCAACGACAGGUUUAUGAGAAGAGACGCCCUUGAACAGUCUGCGGACCUCAAGUAUGAUUGUCUCACCAUCCGGUGCGACGUCGUGGUCGUCCGCAACAGCAAGGUUGAUGAUGCCGGUGGCCACGGCGGCGCCGAGGCGCUCAUGCCGGACAUACACCAGCAUUUCAACAGUUUACUUCAAAACAAGGUGGGUGCCGAUGUGGCAUUCCAGGUUGGCGGCGAGACAUUCGCCGCACACCGGUGUGUGCUUGCUGCCCGAUCCACGGUGUUCAUGUCGCAACUCUUUGGCCCCAUGAAGGAGGCGUCCAACAGUGUCAUACAGAUCAAAGACAUGGAACCAAAGGUGUUCACGGCUUUGCUUAGCUUCAUCUACACAGACUCAUUCCCUGACAUGUACGAGGACAACAUUAAGUUGUGUGAAAUAUGCAAAGAUACGGGACAAGGACAAGAAGAUGAAAUGUCUGAAGCUGUGGACCAAGGACAAGAUGGGGAAGCGGCAGGGGAUGACAUGGGGCUGCUGCAAUGGCUGCAAGGUUUGUUUGUAGCGGCAGACCAGUACGAUCUCCAGCGGCUCAAGUUCAUCUGUGUAAAGCAGCUGUCUCAGCACAUAGGUGUGAGCUCUGUGGCGUCCACCCUUGCUCUAGCCGAGCAGCACCACUGCCGUGGAUUGAAGGAGGCGUGCUUGAAGUUUAUCCAAGUCCAAUCUCCCCCGUGUUUGCAGACACUCAUGACGAGUAAUGGCUGGGGGCAUAUUGUCACGACCUAUCCCUCUGUUUUGAACGAGCUCAUUGCCAUGCUUGCCUCGAACCAGAGGAAAUAA